AAAAGUUACAAGUGUCAAGUAUUGUUGUGUGAAUAAAAAUGCAGUUUAAAUACGUUAAAAAUAUUCUAGAGUCUUAUGAUGUACCACAACAAAUAAUUUGUGUAGCGUGGUCCCCAAAUUCGGCAAAAUUAGCGGCUGCUACUUCAGAGAGACAAAUUUUAUUAUUCGAUGAAAAUGGUGAGAAGAAAGAUCACUUUUCAACGAAACCAUCAAAUUCGGAAGCGGGGAAAAAAUCUUAUAUCAUUAAAAGUGUCGCUUUUAACUCUGAUUCCACAAAAUUGGCUGUUGCUCAAACUGAUUGUAUAGUUUUUGUGUAUAGAUUAGGUGAAAAAUGGGGUGAAAAGAAAGCUAUUUGUAAUAAAUUCAUGCAAUCAUCAUCAGUGACUUCAAUGAUUUGGUUAUUAUCAGGUCCAAUAAUAGCCGGUCUUGUGGACGGUCGAGUUCGCGCCCUCCAAAUAAAAUCCAAUAAAUCUCAAAGUUUAUAUUCAGCAGACAGUAUGGUGGUGUCUUUAUGUUCGAACAUGAGGGGAACAGGUUUUCUUUCUGGACACGUCGACGGAAAUGUAAUAAGAUUUUACGUAAACGACGAUGACAAAUCUCAGGAGAGUCAAGGAAGGGUUUUCGUACAUCCCGUACCACCUUGCGCAUUGUCUUGGUUACAAAAUCAAAUUUUUGUGGGGGGGUGUGAUAAAAGAGCGAUUUUUUAUAAUAAUCAAGGGAAAGUUAUGAGACAAUUUGAUUAUAGUAGGGAUAAUAAUGAAAAGGAGUUUACUGUUGCUUGUUCUAGUCCAAGUGGACAGGCUGUUAUGGUUGGAAGUUUUGAUAGAUUAAGAGUUUAUACAUGGAAUCCUAGAAAUAGUUUAUGGGAAGAAUCAACGCAAAAAGAAAUCAAACAUUUUUACACUGUUAGUUCAAUAUCUUGGAAUAUGGACGGAUUUAAAGUUGUUGUUGCUAAUAAUGCCGGAUCUUUACUUUUAUUUGAAACAGUUUUAAGACGAACCUUUUGGAAAGAUAAAUACGAAAUAACAUUCGUUGGUCCAAGUCAAAUUUUAAUAAAACCAUUAAUCGACGGUGAUUACCCAAACGUAGUAAUUAAUUCAUAUUAUGGCAAAGAAAUUGAUGAUAUUAAAAUAAUGGGGAAAGAUAAUUACGCGGUAGCUAGAACAUCAGAAACACUUAUUGUUGGUGAUUUACGCAACAACUUAGUAAGCGAAGUUUUAUGGACGAACACGGGAAGACAUGAAAAAUUUUAUUUCGACAAUCAAAACAUUUGUUUGGCGUUUAACGCCGGCGAAUUAUCCUUAAUUGAAUACGGAAUAAACGAAGUUUUGUAUUCAGUAAGAACUGAAUUUGCAAAUCCGCAUUUGUUAAGUGUGCGUUUAAACGAGCGUAAUUCGAGCGUUGAUAAUAAAAAGCUUGCUUAUUUACUUGAUUUGAAAACGGUUUGCGUUUUGGAUUUAAUAACCGGGGUGACUAUUGCUCAGAUUAAUCAUGAAUCAAAAAUUGAUUGGCUUGAAUUAAACGAAACCGGAAAUCGAUUGUUGUUUCGAGAUGUUAAACAAAGAUUAAUUUUAAUUGAGGUACUAUCAAGUGAUAAGAAAUGUAUAUUUAGCGGGGUUUCUUUCGUACAAUGGGUUGAAGCGAGCGAUGUAGCCGUAGCUCAAUCCGGAAAUACUUUAGCAGUUUGGUAUAAUAUCGAUUUACCGGAAAAUCCUACGAUUCUUCAAGUUAAAGGUGACGUGGUUGAUGUAAUCCGAGACAAUGGGCGCACUCAAGUAAUUACAAUUGAGGGGAGUAACACAAUAAAAUUUGAUUUAGAUGAAGGAUUAGUUGAGUUUGGAACUGCUGUAAAUGAUAAUGAUUAUGGGAGAGCGGUUCUUUUUUUGGAAAAAAUGGGAAAUGGAUCAGAAGCUGAUGCAAUGUGGCAUAACUUAGUUAAUAUCGGAUUAAAAAAUCAAGAUUUAUUUUUAGCUAAACGGGCUUAUGCGGGUUUAGGAAACAUUUCCAAAGUAUUCUUUUUGGAUGAAACCGAAAAACUUUUGUUGGAGGAGUCCGAAGAGAAUCAAAACAGCCCGGGGAGAUCACCCGAAGUUUGGGCUAAAUUAGCGGUGUUAAACGGAAAUUUAGAUACAGCCGAAAAUAUUUAUUUAGAACAAAUGGAUUUAGAUGGCGCUUUAAAUAUGUACAAAAAAUUACAUAAAUGGGAUUCCGUUAUUCGAUUAGCCACGAAAAGUGGUUACAAUAAAUUAACAGAUUUAAAAGAAGAACACGUUAAGUUACUUUUAAACGGUGGGCAAUACGAAAAAGUCGGCCAAAUCAUGGAGGAUGAAGGAAAUUACGAACAAGCAAUGUCGAUGUAUGUCAAAUCAAACCGAUUAGUUAGAGCGUCUAAUUUAUUAUUGAAACAAAAUGAGUUAAUUUCCGAUCAUAGUUUAGUAGCGGUCGUUUUAAAAAAAUUAUUAAAGCACGAAUUAUUUGAAUCCGCAGCUGAAAUUUACAAAAAACUCGAUAAAACCGAGUUAGCUUUAGAAUGUUAUAGAAAAGGAAAAGUUUGGAAUAAAGCCGUUGAAUUAGCCCGAAUAAUCAAUCCAGAUCAAGUGGUUGAUUUAGAAGAAGAAUGGGGCGACUAUUUAGUUGAAAAUAAACAAAUGGAUGCCGCAAUAAGUCAUUACAUCGAAGCCGGGCGAACCAUGAAAGCUUUAGAUUCCGCAAUUACCGCUAGACAAUGGAAAAAAGCUGUUCAUAUCAUCCAAGUUAUCGACGAUAUUGAUUCAGUUAAAGAAUAUUACAAAACAUUAGGGCAACAUUACGCCUCAAUAAAAGAAUAUAACAUAGCGGAAAAGAUGUUUAUAAAAGCCGAAAUGUACAAAGAAGCCGUUUCUAUGUAUAACGAAGCGGGCCAAUGGGAUAAAGCUCACUCAAUAGCCUCCGCUUAUUUAGACCCAGCCGACGUUAUAAGCAUGUAUAUCAAACAAGCUGAAGAACUAGAACAACAAGGAAAAUAUAGAGAAGCCGAGAAAUUAUACGUCUCCGUUGACGAAGCCGAUUUAGCGAUUGCAAUGUAUAAAAAAGCUGAGCAAUACGAUAACAUGAUUCGAUUAGUCGAAAAGUAUCAUCCCGAUUUACUCCCAACAACUCACAUGCAUCUAGCGCAACAAAUGGAAACGCAAGGAAAAUAUAGAGCUGCCGAAGCACAUUUUCUCGCCGUCGGCGAAUGGAAAUCAGCUAUGAAUAUGUAUCGAUCACUAGGAUCUUGGGAAGAAUCGUAUCGAGUAGCUAAAGAAAACGGCGGGGCUCCCGCAGCAAAUCAAGUCGCUUUUCUUUGGUCACGAAGUCUACCGAUAGAUUCGGCAAUAAAACUUUUAAACAAAUACGGAAUACUAGAAGCCUGUAUUGAUUACGCGUGCGAAACGUAUCAAUACGACUUUGCGUUCCAAUUGUGUAAAAAUUUACCAUCAAAAGUUAGUGAGGUUCAUUAUAAAUACGCAAUGGCUUUGGAAGAUGAUGGGAAAUUUUCUGAAGCCGAAAGCGAAUUUAUCGCAGCCGGAAAACCGAAAGAAGCCAUUUUUAUGUAUACGCACUGUCAAAAUUGGAUUCACGCCUUAAGAGUGGCCGAAACUUAUGACCCUUCCGCUGUUUCCGAUGUUUUACAAGCCCAAGCACUUCAUUGUUUCUCAGAUGGAAAUUACACUGAUUUUGAAUCGUUGUUAUUAAGAGCUCAAAUGCCUGAAAUUAUUGUUCAAAAAUAUAAAUCUUCAGAAAUGUGGAUUGAAGCUUUAAGAGUUUGCCGUGAUUAUCUCCCAGCUCAUUUACCGUCGCUUCAAGCUGAAUAUAGCUCUUCAAAUCAUGGGAAAGAUUCAACGAUGGAUUUAGAAACGAUACUUUCAAAGGCAAAUGAAUGGGCCCUCGCAGGUCAACAUAAGCAAGCUAUUGAUUGUUUGUUGCGUAUCAAUUUAAAUAUAGCAGAUGAGGGAAUUGUUAAAAGAGCGUUAUUAAAAGCGGCUGGGAUGGCUGGAAAAUUUUUAUUUGGACAAGAAGCAAUUGAUUGUGUAAGAGUUUUAGCACCAAGAUUAAUUUCAAUUGGUGAACACACAGUUGCUGCUCAACUAUACGUUAACGCAGACUUAACCAAAGAUGCAAUCGAUACCUUCAUUUCCGCCGAAGAUUGGGUUAGGGCAAGAAAAUUAGCUAAAGAACUCGAACCUGCUUACGAAGCAUACGUUGAAAGUCGUUACAAAGACAGAUUACUCACCGAGGGAAACGUGGAGCAAUUAGCAGACGUUGACAUAAUCGGCGCUUUAGAUUUAUUAGUCGAACAAGGUCAAUGGGCGAGAUGUAUUGAAAAAGCAAAAUCUCACAGUGCGCCGGUUUUGCAUAAAUACGUCGCGUUGUAUGCCUCGCAAUUAAUCAAAGAAGGUUUUAUUGCUGAAGCUUUGAAAUUGUACAUAACAUACGGGGUUCCGGCUGUAACUCAAAAUUUUAACAUUUACAACCAAAUUAGUGUGAAUAUCUUUUCAAUGACUGAUACAUAUGAUUCAGAAAGUUACGAGUUAUGGAAAAGAUUGAGGCAAAUGCUAUACGAAUUAAACGAAGGAACAGAAGUUUUACCAUCGUCAGAUAUUCAAUACAAAAUACAUUUUAAAACGUUAUUAAUCAUAUCUCAUUUUAAUACUUUGAGGAUUGCUUGUAAACAAGUUAGCCCUUUAAAAGGGAUAGCUUUAAAGUUAUCUGUGGGUUUAUUAAGAUACACAGAUAUUUAUCCCGCUGAUAAAGGCUUUUAUGAAGCCGGAAUUGAAUUAAGAGACUCGGGAAGAAUCGGAGAAGCAUUUGUAUUUCUUAAUCAUUAUUUAGAUAUUUGUGAAGCUAUUGAGGAAGGAGAAGGUCAAUUAGUUGAUCACACCGAUUUUGUACAAACAGAUUUUCCAUCGAACGUUCCCAUUCCAGAAAAUUUAUACUUGGAAAAUUCACGCCAAGAACAUGAUAGCGUUCGAGAAUGGGUAUUAACAAUUAGCAUGGAUCAAAAUGUUGAUCAAACCCUUCCUUUGGAUGACCGAGGAAUGUAUGAGUCAAGUUUAAUUAACGGUGAAAAUCCUUGUAUUAUUUCUGGGUAUCCUCUAUCGAAUAAAACAGUGACUUUUUCAAAAUCAUCGUAUGAAGCUAAUAAAGAAAUUUGGUUAAAAAUUAAUAUGGCUGCAAAGAUGUAUCCAGAUAGUAAUAUUUCGAGUGAAUUAACUUUUAUACAAAAUUGGCUUGGAACACCUUCUGUUGUAUAGAUACAAAGAAUUUUUUAUUAGAUGUAUUUAUUAUAAUAAUUGCAAAUGAACAAAUAAAUAUUUUAAGAAACAUGUAAUGUUGAAAGAGUGUAGUGACAAUAAAUUAAGGAUGAAUGAACUCCUUUUGUAAUUCUCCACUGUAAUCUACCACUAUGUAGUACAUCUAAAGACUCCUAAAUAUACCUACUUUACCAUAUGUCUUGAAA